GGGGAGAGGUUUUGGUGUUGCGCGCGGAAGAGGAAAGUCCGUUACCGGAGCUGUUCCGAAGUUGAAAUUUUUGUGAGCUGGUAAAUGUAAACAUUUUUUUUUUAUCGUUUAUUUCUUUAAGAUUUAAUUUUUCUUUAUCAUACAAACACCAGAAUAACAUUAUCAAAGAGUUUGAUGAUUGCUGAGGUUGAGGACAAGUUAGAGUCGCAAUGCUGCAAGUGAAAAUUAAAACAGAAAAACCAGAUCUGGAAGCAGUAAGCGCUCGAAACCGGCUGGAUGCUGUCCUGCAGUGCCUGGUGGAGAAGAGUGACAGUGAGAGGGACCAGACGGAGGAGGAAGCUGGGAAAAUGGCUGCAGAUUCACACAGCAAGGAUCUUUCUCCUUCUUCGUCUGGAAAGCGCCCUUCCGCAAGGUUCCCCCACCAUCGCAGGAAGAAGCGCAAGGAGAUGGAUGAUGGCAUGACAGAAGGCAGCCAGCACAAGCCGAACGCCUACAUCAUCAAGCUGUUUGACCGCAGCGUGGACCUGGCGCAGUUCAGCGAUGGCACCCCGCUCUACCCCAUCUGCCGGGCCUGGAUGAGGAACAGCCCCUCAGUGAGGGAGCGAGCGCGCUCCCCCAGCCCUGCGGAGGGACUGAUGGAGGAGGAGGUGUCCGACCUGCUGAAUCAAAAAGCUCGGAAUGUCUACCGGAUGCCCGCCCCCACCUCCUGCUCCGUGAACUCCUCGGGGGAGCCAGUGAACCUGCGCAUCCCGCCUCCACUGCCCUUCACUGAGACACCUCUCCUGAACAUGACCUCCGAGUCCUCGCCGGCUCCCUCUGCUCUGCUGUGCAGCCACAUGCAGCGCUGGAAGAAGAUCAGGCAGAGGUGGAAGGACUCAUCCAACAAGAACCAGCUGCGUUAUUCUGAGAGCAUGAAAAUCCUGAAAGACAUGAACGAGCGGCAGUGACUCCUCUGUGGAGCCGGCUCUGUGCAGACAGGCUCUCCCAGCUGAGGGGAGCGCGGGGGCUGGUCUGCGGGCUCUCCCAGCUGAGGGGAGCGCGGGGGCUGGUCUGCGGGCUCUCCCAGCUCAGCCUGUCUGCACAGAGGGGAGCGCGGGGGCUGGUCUGCGGGCUCUCCCAGCUGAGCCUGUCUGCACAGAGGGGAGCGCGGGGGCUGGUCUGCGGGCUCUCCCAGCUCAGCCUGUCUGCACAGAGGGGAGCGCGGGGGCUGGUCUGCGGGCUCUCCCAGCUCAGCCUGUCUGCACAGAGGGGAGCGCGGGGGCUGGUCUGCGGGCUCUCCCAGCUCAGCCUGUCUGCACAGAGGGGAGCGCGGGGGCUGGUCUGCGGGCUCUCCCAGCUCAGCCUGUCUGCACAGAGGGGAGCGCGGGGGCUGGUCUGCGGGCUCUCCCAGCUCAGCCUGUCUGCACAGAGGGGAGCGCGGGGGCUGGUCUGCGGGCUCUCCCAGCUGAGCCUGUCUGCACAGAGGGGAGCGCGGGGGCUGGUCUGCGGGCUCUCCCAGCUGAGCCUGUCUGCACAGAGGGGAGCGCGGGGGCUGGUCUGCGGGCUCUCCCAGCUGAGCCUGUCUGCACAGAGGGGAGCGCGGGGGCUGGUCUGCGGGCUCUCCCAGCUCAGCCUGUCUGCACAGAGGGGAGCGCGGGGGCUGGUCUGCGGGCUCUCCCAGCUCAGCCUGUCUGCACAGAGGGGAGCGCGGGGGCUGGCCUGCGGGCUCUCCCAGCUCAGCCUGUCUGCACAGAGGGGAGCGCGGGGGCUGGUCUGCGGGCUCUCCCAGCUCAGCCUGUCUGCACAGAGGGGAGCGCGGGGGCUGGUGAGGUCACUGUUCUCACUGCUUUCUCAAGGAUGAAUGUUCUUUUUUUUUUCGUCGUUUCUGCGUCACCAGUCAUAACCUCUCCGUCCCUGAAGAUCCUUUGCUGGUGUGCAGUGGCUUACCUGGCUGUGGUAGAGAUCACUGGGCUUGUGCUUCGGUUCUGCUCUCAAUGUCUGCAGUGAUUUACUCGCGUUUUAAAAGUUUUGCAUUUGUAUAAUUCAUCUUAAAAUCCGAAUUUGUUUUGUAUUUGAAAGUGGACCGCCUACCCAAAACGUUCCUGCCAGGACUUGAACCUGAAGCGGGUCCCGAAGCAUCUAAAUAGCGCUACUUGGGUAAUCAAACGGAUCUAAUAUUAAGCAAUAUUCAUGACUGGCUGCACCCACAGCACAUGGAGUCUUUACAGACGGACCGGACUUCUCUAUCUCAGCUGUCCUUUUGUAUCCUUACUGUAUUAUACAAAAAAUACAAAUAACACUCAAGUUGUGGAAAAUUCAAAUUGCAGUAAAUGCGUGUGUUUUGUUGUUAUUGUCACAGUUGCCUUUUUAAAAUGGUGUUCCGUGUACUGCGAAUAAAGGAGUAGAUAACGUUG